UGUCUCUUAUCAACUCCUCCUCCUCCUCCUAUCCAUUCCCCAGCCUCCUUUAUCUGUCACCACAUGUCUGUACAUGCAAAAGAGUAAAAGCUCUCUGUCUCACUCAUAAUAAUAAUAAUAAUAAUAAUACAAAAGGAAACAAUUAAUUUAAAACAAGCCAUCAAAAACCGAGAAAGAAGAGCAGAAGAAGAAGAAGAUGCUAUCGAAGGAGUCAGGUGGUUCCGCCUUCGAUCUUCCCGAGGAUGUCUUGCAAGUCUUGCCGUCUGAUCCAUUCCAACAACUCGAUGUGGCCCGCAAGAUCACUUCUAUUGCCCUCUCUACACGUGUCUCUGCUCUUGAAUCCGAGUCCUCCCUUCUUCGCGCCAAGCUCGCCGAGAAAGACGACUUCAUUGCCCACCUCCAGGCUCAGAUCGAGUCUCUCGAUUCUUCUCUCUCCGACUCCUCCGAUAAGCUCUCCCGGGCUACACAAGAGAAGGACAAUUUGUUGAAAGAGAAUGCGUCGUUGUAUAACACUGUUAAGAAGCUUCAGAGAGAUGUUUCUAAGCUGGAAGUGUUUAGGAAGACGCUUGUGCAGUCACUUAAAGAGGAUGAAGAAAGUUCGGCAGGAGCUCCACAGAUCAUUGCCAAGCCUACACCAAAUGAAGAUGAUGCCACCCUGCCACCUUCAAGAUAUUCUUCACUACAAAGCAAGAUUUCAGAAAUGGGAAACUCAUUUGCAGAGGAUCGGGAGACAGAUGCUCCAAGACCUGGCAUAUCACAGAUUCUGCUAGCAUCCCAAACAAACACACCCCGGUUUACUCCUCCAGGCUCCCCUCCUAGUUUUUCUGCUUCCGUGUCUCCCACAAGGACGUCUAAACCAGUGUCUCCAAAACGACAAUCAAUGUCAUUCUCUAUCACAAGAAGCAUGGACGAUAGAUCCUCCGCCUUCUCUUCUCUGUCCUCGAGCCAGCAUAGUUCUAUGUCAAGUGACGUAGGAUCACAAGCUGGACGAACUCGAGUUGAUGGCAAAGAAUUCUUCCGUCAAGUCAGGACCCGCCUGUCUUACGAGCAGUUUGGUGCUUUUUUGGCAAACGUUAAGGAAUUGAACUCCCACAAGCAAACGAAAGAGGAGACCCUAAGGAAGGCAGAGGAAAUUUUUGGUCCAGAUAACAAGGAUCUUUACACGAUAUUCGAGGGAUUGAUCACUCGCAAUGUUCACUGAAUAUAUUUCGCCAUAACUGUAUCCAAAGCCUGCAAGCACUGGUUUUACAACUUUGCACUCUCGUUGUAAAUUAUUUUUUUCAAGUGGAGACUUUUCUUCGGUACUCUUCAAUUUGAUAUUCUUAUGGUGUCGAAACAGUUGAGUAAAAUAAACUUACGAAUGGCCUGUCCACAAUGAAUUGUACAAUAAAAUUAUACCAGGAAGGAGAGUUCUUUUCUUCUUCUUUUUUGCCGCAAA